GGUCAUGAAAGUUCCUCUGCAAGCAAUGCUAUAAUCAGGCUUUGUACAAGGUUAGUUACUUGAUAUCAACAAUUUUGUUAGUUUAAAUACCUUCACCAAGCAAAAAAGUCAUGGAUAAAUUACUUUUAGUAUUUCAAAGUGUAUAAGAGAAGCAAAGUAGAAUUCAUCUCCUCCUCGUGCCAAUUCGAUUCUCAUAACAUAACAGUAAAAUAAUUUCCGUUUUAGUUGAUCAGUCAGUCUUUUAAAUAGUGUAUUUUUCUUUAAAAAGAUGUUUGUACUCAAUACCAUUCAUACUUCGUGAAAAAUUCUGCGCCUUGUGUGUGAGCCAUGUUGUUUAAAAUUGACUGUUGAUCGAACAGCGGAAGUUCAGUAGAUGAAAACAAAUAUCAAGGCACAGUUAAAAAAUAAAAUAAAAAUAAAAAUGUUUAAGAUGGCUAGAGAUCCCUUUGAUAUCUCUAGAUGGAACAGAAAUUUCUAUUUGAGAAUUAACCACGACGUCAAAAAAGGCUUCCGUUUUAAAGAAUUUUUACGUCAGGUUUUCUGGUUCUUUACCUUUUACGAAUUUGCUGAGUAUAACAGAAACCUGUUUAUAUUAAACGAACUAUUGGCAAAACAUCUUUACACAUAAUAACUAUGUAUUUUUCCACCACAGUACUGACUUUCAUUUAUUGGUGGGUUUAAACGUAAGGAUAACGGAAUAAAUUGAUCGCAUUUUGAGCAUCUUUACCCCCCAAAAUACUUGUUUGCUGGCAGCAGGAUUCCAUGUUGGUUUACCUUCUGUCAGGAAAUCGCGAUUUUUUUACUAGAUUUUUUGAUAGAAAUACAUUUAUAAAUUCUCAUUUAGACAUAUCUUUUUAUGGAGAGUUCUUUCCAUGCAAAGAUAUCAAAUUUCUUACCGCAAUUCCAAUUUCCAUAAUACGUAAAACUCUCUAAUGUGGACACCUGGAUAUCUCCCUGUAGUGUCCACAAAGAGACAUCUUUACUCCACCGAACUUGUGUGUCUCAUUUACUUUCUUUUUCACGGAUAAAUCAUUAAGGUGAGUCCUGACUCAUAGACCAUUCUUAAAACAAACAAACGGAAGUUGAAGAAAGCGGCUGAUGGAGACCCUCUUAAAAUAUUUCAGUUCCGAAUCGUCUUAUUUUGCAGUUUAACUGCAAGGUCACAAAAAGUUUCGUGUUUGUGUGGUUUCUAUGCUAGAGGUUCGUGCUUUAACUCUAGAAAUUUGCUAAGCGUUUCGAAACCGCCGAAAAUGUAAAGGACUUAAUAUUUACCGCACUGGUAAGAAAUAUUCUGGAAGAGACUACAAGUUUUCACGAUAUUCUCAGCCGUUUUGGUUGAGGAAUAUUCAUAAAUAAGCUUCAAUCAACAGAAAAAGGGAUUGGCUAUUAAGAAUUAGCCGGGGUAUUGAAGCCAAUCAUGAUUCUUCUCUAAAAGAGCAAAGUAUCAUGGCCGAGCUUGUAAAAAAAUAUGUCCGCAUAGGAUGACAACAUUUUACUUUGUAAGGUUUUGAAUUUAAUAGCUAACUGCUCCAAAUGAAUCUAAGCAUAUGAACCAAUAUCAUUGUCAUUUGGGUGGUGAACAAGGCUUUUUGUACGUAAAAAUUGGUUCUUGAAAAGGGGAACAGCGAAUGAGACUACAAUUCUUCAAAUUCAUAUUCUUACAGAAAAAGUAUUAAUUAAAAAUUGUUAGUGUUGUAGGAGAAAUUUUACCCUUCUUCAGACAUUUCAGAUGUGUUUUACUAUGUUAUGCCUUAAGUUAAUCUAUGUUUAAUGUAUAGCUUUAGCCAGAACCAAAGGCAAAGCCCCCGUGAAAUUGAAACUACUGCUAAAGAAAUCCACAAAUCUACACUUGCCUUAAAUUAGGGGACGACCAUAUGACGUUUUAGGGAGGGGCUCAAUAGACAAGAAACAAUUGCUGCUAAGAACAUUGAAUUUGAACCUGCGAUCAAUUAAAAGCAAAUAACUGGUCAGCGGAAAAUAAUAAUAAAAUACUUGACCUCGAGUUGAAACCUGAAUCUGCGAUAAGGUCAUGCAAUACUGGUCAGCGGAUACCCUUUUGCUGACAGUUGUCAAUUAACCAAACAUGGAUGUCUAUCAUCAAGUUAAACACAGGUUGCAAGCUCCUACACGAAGCACAAAAUGCCAUUUCACAUUGGUUACCCUGUGGUGCCGUCUUACCGACGGACGGGCGGGACGGGCAGGUAUACGUACGGUCACGUGACUACAAAAAUUUCUCUGAUGUGUAUGGAUACCUAAAUAAACCAAUUUCGAUAUAUUAAAAUUCAUACUUGGUUCCGAGGCUUGAGGGAAUAAAACAAAAGAAGUGUAUCAUUCAUGAGCCUUAAGACUCUUUGCCAAGUCUGAGACCGAGAGUCCCGCUAUAAUGUCUCCCUUUUGAUUGAUUUUUCCUGUCUUUUUUUCAGAUUCUGGCCUUUUCAGAGUGGAAAAGGAAAGAGAUUGGAAAUGUUAAGAAUGAAAAAAAUAUUGUUUGCAGUCGUUUUCAUCGCAAUGUGGCAAGGCAUGUGAAUUUUUCCUUACGACAUACACAGUAAUUUCUGUCAUCUUCGUACAUUGAGACGGACUGAUACGCGUGGCACUUAAGCUGUACCCUGUUUUGGCUGUUAAGUUGAGGUCGCAUUAAUGUUAUAGGUGCCAAAUGUAAGGGUCCAAAAUUAAAGUAAUAAGGAACUGGCGCCUGAUGUAAUAAGGGUCAAAAUAAUGCAUUAAGGUUUACAAAUUCUGUGGGGAUAGGUCACAAACGUAAUAAGCGAUUACUUUUUUGCUACACGUAAGAAAUUGGUAUCAAAUGUGACAAUGUUAGCAACUGUUAUAAGGGGUGGGUCAAUAAUUGGUUUUACAACCCCAGCAAGGGGUAGUCUAAACAUCGACGACAUCAAUAUAAUACAGUUACGAUUGCCAGAUUCUUUGAAGUAAAAAUAUGGAAUAUUUUCUUGCGAAUAGGAGUUUAAUGCUUUUCCCCUCCGCUUAUAGUAACUUGAUUGUUAUUGCCUGACAUUAUCCGUGUAACUGAUCGAGAUAUUGUGUGACUUGACCAAUUGCUUCCCCCUCUAGAGUUUAGUCGCACGUGGAGUCGAUGAAUCAAUUGCGUACUGACAUUCGCUCUGGUUACUCGCGGCUAAAAGGUCAAAAUUUUUACCCGUCGUUUUGGUUGCCUUCACCUUUACUGGUGGCCUGUGAAUAGGCUUUUUUUUUUCCAAACAGAGAGCCUGUUCACAGGCUACUUUACUGGGCGAAAAAAAUCUCGAAAAUAUUAAAUAACACAAAUAGAAAGAAUAUUGCUAUUUUAAUAAAAGCGGCGUUCAAAAGAAAGAAAAAGUAUGCUGAGACAAUGGCUUUUAUCAAUUUGACCAAAAAAGAGGACUAUCACUUCUUGGGGUAAUUGGUAUGAAAGUUAAAGAAUACCGAAAACAGUCUGCACACAAGCACGGACAAAACCAGUUGAGAGAAAUCGCGAAAAUGCCUAUUUGUUCCUGUCAUCCUGGCAAAAACUGAAACCUCCGCCAAAAGAAUGCCCGACUUCGCCCCUCCCCUUAUCUAAAGUUGUUUAGGAUACCAUGGCAAUUAUAAAAAUUGGUUUUCAGACCAAGACAACUUUGAAUAGAGGGUGGGGAGGGGGCUAUUUUUUCUGUUUAGAGCAGACGGGAUUGGAGCGCAAAAGUUAGAAAAUAGAUGGAAUUGUCUCAACAGUUUUGUCCGGGGUUGUAGCUGUUAUUCAAGGGUUCGAAUUCGGAUACUACUAAUACACCGAAAAAAGGAAAAUAAAAUUUAAACCAAUAAACAACGAUAACAACAACAAUAUUUUUUUAUUCAUCUUUCUACAAAACUCAUAUGAGCAAUAUAAGUAAACAUAAACAAAAUUUAUGAUUACCUAUAUUAUGGACGGCUCUUGGAAUCUGUCACUAAUAAAUCCUGAGGAAAGGUAAAGCGAUCAGCAUCCAGAAUUAAUGAACCUUUGAUUAAAAACUCUUUAAAUAUAAUUAAUUAUAAUUUGACAAAAAAUUUCAACUAUAAAAAGGAAAAAGGGUAUGGUCGGUAUACCAUUUUCCAUUAAUUUUGCCUCGUGUCGCGAAAAUUCGUUUUGAUUCAUUACCUAGUUUGCAAAGUUUCACCGUGGUUAGAACGAUAGAUGCACCGAAAUUUCGUCCCGUUUUCGUCUAACAGGAAAGAAUGCAUUUAUUCGCCAAAAUAUGUUCGCUCUGAUUUAUUUUGCACAGUACUGUAUCCUACUCAAGAAACGUGUAAGGGGUAUUUCCUUAGGACAUUUACCUCUUCACCUGUAGACGCAUAACGUGAUCUUACGUACAAUUCACUUUUUAUCCAUCUCCUAAAUUGAAACCCUAAACACGCUUUUCACCAACUCUAACUUUUCUUCCUAGCCUAUAAUAUUUCCGACCAUUUUUAUAUUUGUGACUCCACUCCCCAUUACAAAUGCCAUUACAUUAGGGAUCCUUGGUAUACCAGUGUGGCAGACGUGACGUCAUGUAAUUCAAAUGCUCUUUACGCCUAAUCUUCUUUCCAAGACCCUACUCAAAACUUGCCAGGACGGGAAUGGCAACUAGUUCUGUGCAUGAGCGACCCCUGUUGCCAAAAAAAAAGUUUUCCUUUCUUAUUUUCAGAAUUGAUUCUUGUAACAAUUUCCUUUUAAGGGUAACCUCAACGCAGUUUAUGCUCUUAAUAUUCAAAGAUGUAAAUUGACGGUUCUCUUAAAUAACUAUUUCGAAUGAUAAAUAUAAUCUCUAUAAUUUUUGUACUCAUUUUCAGAUGUGCACACCAAUCCAUGCUUCUACGAUUUGGGUAGCUCCAAUGGGGUCAUCAGCUCCAGUAUAACCAAAAACUACUCCAUGUACAAUUGCACGUGGAACAUUACAGCACCAUCUAACCACACCGUCAAAUUGACCUUUACCAGAUUUAACCUCGACGAUUAUUCGUCGACCUAUAGGAGCGAGAUUAAAGUCUUUGAUGGAAAAAGUAAAAGUGAUACGUUGCUGGGUAUUUUUAGUGGAUCAAGACGCUCAUUCAUCGUACAAACAAGUGGUCAAUUCAUGGUGUUGACCUUUACAAGGUAUCAUGAAUUUGCAUAUUUCAUCUUCGAGGGAGUCUACUCUUCAACCUCAAUAAAAGGUGAGCUAUAUGUACCAAGGAAACUACAGUGAAACCCAGAAUGUAUUUAGCGGACACCCUCGGGGAAUGCUGUAGUAUUCGCUUAAUACAUGCAGUGUGUCCACCUAAUACGGGUCUCGAUAGAUAAUGUCAUUUGAGGAGUCAAAUGUCAUUUAAAUGAAAAGUGAAAUCGUUUAGAAUACUCUCAGAGACUAUGACGAUAUACGUUUACAUUAAUUUCUUUAUUAAAGUGGACCAAUUGAUCAUAGUACCUUAAAAAUAGAUAGCAACUCAAAUUUGACGAAAUCGAUGAGUGAAACAAGCUCUAUACAAACAAAAUGAAAUAGAAAACAAUACUGUACUGUAUUGUAUUCAACAACGUGUGACGCAAAUUAAAUGCCGUUCUUCAAGUCACGUUUUUUAAAGUAAAAAUCGAAAAAUUUUUGGGUGGCAAUCUUUCUCAUUUCCGGUUGGGUGGUGGAAUUUAAUUACAAGUGUCCGUUUAAUACAGGUUGGUAACAAUAGAAAUGACUAUCUCAGGUACUUUUUAAGUGUCCGCGUCCGCUUAAUAGAAGUGUCCGUUUAAUAAAGGUUUCAUUUAAAGUAAAUAAUGGAAAUAAAUUAGUUGACUUUGGCUACAAUCCGCUUAAUAGAGGGUGUCCACUUUAUACGGUGUCUGCUUAAUACAUGUUUCACUGUAUUUAAAACUUUUCUAAGAACAUUCGCUGGGUGAAUUAUGAAAAGACCUCUUUGGUUAGAAUAGUUAAUCUAUAUCUUAUUAUUUUGUAAUCAUCAAGAAACUGCCUAUAAUAACGCCCAAUUUCAGUCUUCUGUAUAGCUAGAUAAAUGAAGCCGAAUGUCUUUCCUAGGUGACCUUGUAAGAGCGCCUCAUGGAAGAACAAAUAACUCCUAAUAUUUCGUACAGAAAUACGCUAUCUAUUCAUUCUUAUGUCUAGAAAAUUCUAUCAUUGUUCUUUAAUUCGUGUUCUUUACCAUAAAAUAUCCGAGAUUAGAGCGGACAUAACGUACACGGAUAACGGACAUACAGACCAUUGUUCGCCAAAAGUUCAAAGGGAAUCCUAGGAUACUACCAUUUACGUAAAAGCAUUGACAACUGAAUAAAGCAUUAAUUUUUUUUAGCUUAGUUUGUCCUCUUAGAAUAUCUUUAACAACCUCAAUAUAUUGUUGUAAAUAAUAUUAAUUUUGAGUUGUAUUUCAAGGACUAGUCUUUCUAUGUGGUAUAACUCAUAAUUAAUCAAUGAAUGAAAGUUAAUGAAAUAAAGUUAGAAAAAAAAUAGUGAGUAGUCUACUAUGUUGUUUUUACGCCUGUUAGGUGCCUAUUCAGUGCCUAGUAAGUGCCUAGUCAUUGCCUAAUCCUGCAUACUAAUUAAGUGCCUCGUCAGUGUCUAGCUAGCUAGGUAAAAAUGCGUUCCUCCAUACUAAUAACUGUCUUCCUACAUACUAAUUCGGCAUAGGUUUACUAAUGAGCGUCUCUCUACUACAAUAUAUACAUACUUUAUUCAGGGUCGGGCGGGGGGGGNUAGUGGUAUACCAGUAUACCCGAAAAAAAUUCGCCAGAAUACCCCAAAAUACCCAAAAGUAAUCCAAACAUACCCAAAAUUAUACCCAGAUAUACUUUAUACCUGAAAUUCAAAGAAAGUGAUAUACCGAAUACCCCUAUUUAAGCUGCAAUAUACCGUAUACCCGAUUUAAAAAGCCUCUGUAUACCGUAUACCCAAAAACCCUGGCCGACCCAGUUUAUUGUUACCUCCACAAAGGGGCUUUUCAAUAGGCACAAUAGGCUUGCCUAGACUUGCCCAGGCCAGUAGGUAACUUUAGUUCGGUUUACCAGAACGUCUAUUAAAAACAAAAUAGGAAUAAGAGAGCGAUCACCUAGCAACGCGAGAAACGGCUUAUGUCUUCUUUUUAGCACUAAAAAUCGGAUGUAUAUAAACAAAACACACACACAUAUACACAAAGUAGAGCUGACAACUCUCUACUUCAAUUUUGUCUGACUAUUACGAAACCUUUUCCUUCUAUCUAUUAUAUCUCGUGGAAAUGAGAAACUACUCAAGCAUGUUAAGGCAUGGCUCAAUUUUUGGUCUCGACCCCCCAGCGAAGAUAAAGCUGUUUUUCUUCUACGGCCAUGCACUUUAAUUCUAACAGCUGCAAAAAAACUUUUGAGAAACUUUCUUUCGAGGCGUUUAAUUAAUUUGGGUUGAAGUGGUGUCGUCACGUGAAACGUUGCGUCAUAACGAUAUUCAAAAAGAAAUUCCAAAUGGGGUAGGAAUGGUUGAUUACAACUAAAUUUGAACCACGUGUAAAUGCUUGUUUUACCGUACGAAUUUUUUCCAUGGCCGGAACGGAGAGAAUUUUUCAUUUCUUCAAAAGGUAUUAACAGGUGAAAAGCAUCACGUGACCUAUUUUACCCAAUUACCUAUUAAAUAAAAACGUGAGUCAACCAUUCCGGCCAGCUGAAGUGUUAAUGUUCAUGAACAAACAUAAAUAAAAGGACGCUAAAUUCAUAUUUUGGAAAGUUUAAUUGGAAUUUCGAUACGUUUAUCUUAACAAGCCAUUCAGGUUUCACUUACUGCCUCGCGAAGUAGUACACAGAAAUAUUUAGUCAACUGUCAAGCAUAUGCAAACUUCAAACGUUUAACGGUAUUUGCUCAGAAGCUACCACAAGAGCCUUGGUUACCUGAAUUUCUUCAGUACUAACACCGAAGCAGCACAAGACUUUCGCGAUGAAGUAGAUAUAAAAGAAGCAUUAAGUUUUUUUUGGAUCAAAGAGCAUGCGCCGUGAGGCCCAAAUAGCCAGAUUUUGGCUACUCCAGCGCAGAGUUUCCCAGAGCUUUCGCCGUAAGCACUGGGGUCGAGAAUGCGCGACGGCUGAUCGUGUCGGCGGGAAAAGUAGACGGGAAGUAAAGUGACUUCCGGGUGCCGUUGCCCCCUAGAAAACGUCUGGUGAUUAAGUUCCCUAUUGAACGCAGUGACGGCCGCUCCUCACUAACGCUCCAUAUUUCCGUGGCCGGUCAGUGACUAUCCUUACUACGUGUCAAUCCUUACCCUACCCGAGAUUGUUUGCGCCUUAACAAUCGGAUAAAGUGAAGAACGAGAAAUAUUCACUUUGUUAAAAAUAUUUUCAGCACGCAUACCCUUGAAAUUCAUCAAAAGGUGUACUUGUGCGCGAGUUUCAGCAUCCGUUUUUAGCUUGUAGACCAUAUCGACAUUAAUUCUGGAUAUCGGAGCCGUUUUAUUACGUCAUCACGUAAUUCGGUCGUGAAUAAGUCAAUGUCACCCCCACCACCAAUAACAUAAUUAUGUCAUUGAUUCCUUCAAUUUCAGGUCAAAUCUUUUCCAUACACUGCUCAACUUGUGUGCAGUAUCACAAUUUUGCAUUCAGACAAUGAGGGACAAAAGUGUUGAGACACUUCGGUAAAAUGGCCCCUUUUUGCGUAGUGGACAUACUUAUCCCCUUCCCCUGUCUACCCCUGUAGUGUCUUACGGAUUUAACCAAUGAUUGAAUCGGAUUUAACCACCAACACACGCACCAUUGCUGCUUGUGCAAACAUGUGCAUUCAAUCAUCAUAACAGUCAGAGCGCAUGCUCCAUUAUACAAACAUGGGGUUGGGGACGGUAGACCUAAAUAUUCACAUAUACUACAUUCCACCCUUCUUCGAAUUAUUUGUUGGGUUAAAAGAAAACGAAAAGAAAAUAAAGCUUAGCGAACAAUGUAUAUAAAUGUCUCCUAGUGCCCUACAGAAAUCCUUAUAUGACUGAACACUUCAAAGUGGCUUAAGUGGAAAGACAACAAAACAUAACAAACGGUUCAAGCUCAGUUCAGAGUUCCUGUUCUCAAAGUCUCAAAGUUCUACUCUGAAACAAGCUGAGUAAAGCCUAAAACAUAGUCUUAAAAUUUAGAUGGUAAUCUUUUGACUCUUUCUGGACGUAAGGUGACAGAUCUCUUUGCUCCAUAGUAGCAUCAUGUGAUCGUGUGUACUCCAAUGGGCCGUCCUCACUUGCUCUCUCAGAGGAAACAUUUACAGGUUCUCUGGGCUCUUGGUUUGAUAAACUUUGUGUUGCUCUCUGAGCCUNAACAAAACAUAACAAACGGUUCAAGCUCAGUUCAGAGUUCCUGUUCUCAAAGUCUCAAAGUUCUACUCUGAAACAAGCUGAGUAAAGCCUAAAACAUAGUCUUAAAAUUUAGAUGGUAAUCUUUUGACUCUUUCUGGACGUAAGGUGACAGAUCUCUUUGCUCCAUAGUAGCAUCAUGUGAUCGUGUGUACUCCAAUGGGCCGUCCUCACUUGCUCUCUCAGAGGAAACAUUUACAGGUUCUCUGGGCUCUUGGUUUGAUAAACUUUGUGUUGCUCUCUGAGCCUUUGAAUCAUCUGUUGACUUACUAGUGGCUGGUAAAACAUCAUAAUCUCGCUCAAAAUACGUCUUCACAUGGUUUACAUUCCGGCGGUACUGCACACCAUCAGCCUCAACAAGAACACUAUUGCCAUUCUUCUGAAUAACUGUGAAAGGAGACUGUAUGGCGUUGACAGUUUGUUCUCUUUCUCCUGCCUCAGUAAAACCUUAUCACCUUCUCGAAUCUCGCUUUCACAUGCAUUCCUUUGGCAGUCUGCAUACACCUUUUCCUUUUCUUUUCUCUCAUUGUCGCGAUCUCGAACCUCAUCUUCGAUGCUGAACUCUUGGAGAUGGGGUAGUUUGGUCCUGAUACGUCUUCUAAAUAAUAGUUGUGCCGGGCUAACCCCAGUAGUAGAAUGCGGAGGACUGCGAUAUAUCACUAAGAAGUUGUCAAUCUCUGAUUUCCAGUUGCGACCCUCUGCUUGAGCGAUACGCAAGCGCUUCAGGAUACUGCGGUUUUGUCUUUCUAUUUCAGCAUUGGCUUGUGGCCAUAAGGGUGUGGUUCGUCGAUGUUCAAUUCCGUUUUCCUCUAAGUACUUCGUAAAAUGUUCACUGGUAAACUGCGGACCAUUGUCAAUAUAAUCUUCUUAGGAAUAGUAGACUAGGUAAAUUCCAUCUCAAAGAAUCGGCUGUAAUAGUGCACUACAACAAAGACAUAAUCACCAGUUGGCAAUGGACCUAAUUGGUCAGCUGCUAGAUGUUGCCAUGAUGCUGUAGUCAACUCUGUACAUGUCAUCGGCUAAGGUUUGGUUGGUUGUGAAACUAACUGACAAGCAUGACAGGUCUUACAAGCUCUCUCUACCACUUUGUCGAUGCCUGGCCACCACACUUUGGUACGCAAACGUUGCUUCAUUGCUAAGAUUCCUGGGUGACCUUCGUGUGCCAACUCUAGUACUUGACAACGAAGUUGCUUUGGUAUCACAAUUCGAGUUCCACGAAGAAGAAGCUUUCCAAUUGCACUUAAUUCACCUCGCACAGGUAGGUACUCUUUGAAUUCUAAGGCAUGCCAUUUCCCACACAAUGGCUAAGGGCUCUUUCUCAGUCUGAGAAUAUCUGCGUUCUGUAUCGGACAGGCUGCGGCUUGCAUAACUAAUAACUCGUAGUUCUUCUCCUUGCUCUUGAACUAGCACGGCUUCUAAGCCUACAGGGCUUGCGUCUGCGAUCACCUUAAUUGGUGCAUUCUUAUCAAAGUAUCCAAGUGUCUCUGCACUGGACAGUCGCUUCUUUAACUCAUCAAAUGAUUGCUGUUGCUCAGGCCCCCACACAAAUGGUUCUCCACUCUUUGUAAGCUGGCGGAGGGGUGCAGAUACUGUUGCUAGGUCUGGAAUAAACCGUGCAGUGAAAUUGACCAGACCAAGGAAGUUUCGUACUUCCGCAGUAUUCGUCGGUUCACGGGCAUCAACAACAGCCUUUACUUUAACAUCUGCUGGACCAAUUCCGCGUGCCGACAAAACAUGACCCAUGAACCCCAAAUGUGACCUCUUAAACUGACACUUGUCUCGGUUCAGUGUCAACCCCCUGCUGCUCAGUACUCGGACCACAUUCUCAAAUCUUUUGUCAUGUUCCUCCUCAGUGGGUGCAUGUACUAUCACAUCAUCAAGAAUAAUAUAUAGAUUUAGCCAGGGCUAAAAGCGAGGCUCCCAUUAGUAAAUUUAUAAUUUAAAUUAAACAAUAAACUCGUAUUCGAAUUCCACAAUUCAGUUACCUUUAGAGCACAUUUAUGUGACUUUUGAGGGAAAGGCUAUCUGAUUUUAGCGAAAAAAUAAUUUGCAAACACCCAAGAAUGAACCAAAUCUUACAUCGAGUUGAUAGCCUCAUAUGCACACCCAAAAACUGGUAAUCAUCUUCGAUCACAUUUAAGAGCCAUAACGGCUAUUGGUCACCGUAGAUUAAUUAGGCCUGGAAAAAAAAAACAGGCCAAAUUUUUUGCGUUCGACAAGUUUACUUUGCAAAGUCUUGCCAACAAAUCUGGGUGCGUGUAAACCAACCUUUUAUACCAUGGACAGAAAGCAGUAUUUCACAAUACAAUGGCACUCAUUCAAUAUUCAUAAAAACUCACCUAUACGGCCAUCCGGCUCUCACUUUUGUAGUGUGAGCUGUGGCGAGUGUUGGAAUGAACAUUAACAGAGUUGCGCUCCAAGAUAAUAAAUAAUUCAUUAUGUUUAUUUUUUAUUUAAAGGUUUAACGCGCGGCAUUUUGAGUACUCCAGCAAGCAAUGUUCACUGAACGACUGAAAACAAUCGGCACAGCGAUUAACAUUACAAGAGAGACUACUAACAAUCAAAGCUAAUCAAUAAAAGAAAUAUAAUUCGGUGAAACAUAUACAGAGAGAACAAUUUUCAUUCACGAAGACAAUAUUAAAGUGUCCCUAAAUAUCCUGAGUCUUCAGGCUUCAAGCUUAAGUUUAUGUUUUAAGCCGGCUUCCCGGUGUUUGCUUUUUUCAAAGACGAACUCGAGGCAAGAAAAUCGCUCAAAGCUUUCUUUUCCGGCCAGAAUUUUCUUUGGAACGUUUUCUUUCAGAAUAUUCUUUGGAACGUUUUCUUUCUAUUUGCGGUGAGAAACUGUCCAAAGGCUUUUUAAAGUUCUGUAAGAUUAUAUCAAACCUGAUACUCGGUCAGAUCGUUGUCUCAAAUCUUACAAACGUGCAUAAACUAAAUACCCGCAUAAACUACGCUCGACUUCAUUAAAUUAGAUGCAAAAAAUAAACAUCAAAUACAAUAAUUUCUCUGGCUUAACAUUCGAGAUGCAGCUCCCGAAAGGUAUCAAGUAAAGCCAGUAUAGCUUCAGACUUUGCAAUCCUCUUACGCAUCAAGCAAGGUGAAAACGAAAACGAUGCCAUCAGAAAUCGGAUUUCCGACUUUGACAAGCGACGUAUUUCUCAACCAAAAACCCAACAAACAAACUAACCAUGAAGAACAGAAGACUUCUGAUAGCAGCUGAAUUUCAUUUUGUACAUCCAGUGAAAACGACAGUUAAAAACAUCACAAGUUGACACAAAACUCUGUCAGCUUCAGCUGUCAAAGUAAACAAGAUUCAAGAUGCUGCAUAAAUUUUCCGCAUAAACUCACCUGUCAAAUUUUGACCAAUCAGAGCUUAAACAUUGGACGUAGAGCGUGACCAACGCAUGACCAUGGUGAGAAACGUCAAAAGCAACUGUCUUCCCUGCCUGUAACAGCUGGCUGAAUUUUCGCGUCCGAGGUCAGUUUGCAAUCAAAAUUUUAAUUGUGCAGCACAUAAACACAACAAAUUUCAUAUGAAUUUAGAAAAAAAUUGGGGUACUGGUCAGUGGCUAUCCUGUUUUGACAGCUGUCAAUUGACCAUAUUGUUAAUGUCCUAUAUUAAAAUCCUAUAUUGAAGGUGUGGACUCACCAAGACACACCUGAGACACCCCUCCCUUCCUUUUGAUAGUCUCCCCUACCCCACCCGUACAAUCUGUAGACGCAUACGUACGUACGCUCGGUCAAUCACGUGACAACCAAACGAAAAGAGGUUGACCAUAUUCCAUGAGUAUGGGACUCUGUCCCACGCGCGCUUCGCGCGCUCGGGAGCCCCGCUAUUAUGAGCUCCAUCACACUCUAGCAGGACUUGGUGAAGUACCUUCCGGUACAUCGCAGGUGCACAACUUAUACCGACCAUGAGUCGUUUGUACCAGUAGAGUCCCUUGUGUGUGCCAAAUGUAGUGAUAUCCCUUGAUUCGGGCGACAGUUCUAUCUGAUGAUAGACGAAGGUAAGAUCCAACUUGCUAAAGAACUUGCUCUGGUUCAAAUCUUGCAACACUUCGUCAAUGGUGGGUAUUGGGAGACGCUCUCGUUUUACUGCCACAUUGGCUUGUCGCAUAUCCACCCACAGACGAAUGUCACCUGAGGGCUUGGGCACCACUACCACUGGUGAGUCCCACAAGCUUGGUCCACUCACUUUUUCAAUGAUGUCUUGUUCCACAAGUUCACCCAGUUUGGUACUCAGUUUAUCACGCAAGUGGUAAGGAACCCGCCUAAUUGGUUGUGAUACAGGUUGUACCUCCGAGUCAGUCGGGACUUUUAGCUGGAAAUCUUUCAGUUUGCCAAUACCUUCACAACAUCCCGGGAACUUUUCAAAAAUACUGGCCUCCGCUUUUGCUCCAUCCGUAGAAACCUCUAGUGAAUUCACGUGAGCUCCCAGCUUUAAAACUCCUAGAGAAAUGGCAGUUUCCCGCCCAAGGAGGACGUGUCCCCCAUUUUCAAUGUCAACAAAUUCGACCCCACUUAACACACUCUCUCCAACAGACACUUCUGCAUUAAACACGCCAGCAACUUUAAGUGGCUGAUUACUACCAUAUGCAUACAACUUCUUUGAAGUCUUAGUCGACACACAUGCAACCUUAUUUGCUUUCAGAUGUUCCCAUACAUUACGACCUAUGACAUUGCAACUAGCACCAGAAUCAAUAAUCAUUGUUACUGGUAAACCUUCUAUCUUCAAAGAAAUUUUCUAAUUACUUGAAACAUUAGAAUGAUCUAAAAUGCCAAAAGCAUAUUCACAAUCAUCACCCUGAGUACCUUUAGUUUCUACCUGCCUUACAUGAUGAACUACUCCUCCCUUCUUUCCGACGUCUGGUUUACGCGGCCCUCCAGCUCCUGGACAACUGGUUUGCUUCUCCAUAGUUUUACACACAGCCUCAAAAUGUCCCGAUCCAUUACACUUCCUGCACUGUUUCUCUCUAGCUGGACAUCGACGAUCGAUGGCUUUAUGUCCUGUAUAUACACAACAAAAACAUUUGACUUUUCUUGUGCUCGCAUCGCCUUUGUAGUUUGUCUUUCCGCUCUCACUAUUCACUUCACUAUGGACCUCACCACUUCCUCCUUCGAUUGAACGGACCUGUUUUUCAGAUGACUCCAUAGAACGAGCAAUUUCUCUUAAUUGUGGCAGUGUCAAGUUUCGACCCUUCUGAAGUAACUUCCGACGGAGUUCGUGCGACAAGCAUUUGCUUAUCACUUGAUCACGAAUUUGCUCAUCCACAGUUGCAGCGUCUCCGAAUUCCCUGGUUUGGGUUUUUUGUCUCGGUCUAGUAACAAACUGUUCGACGGUUUCGUUGGCCAGUUGACUUGUUUCACGAAAACAAAGCCUUUCAUACGGAACAUUCGCUUGCAGUUUGAAAUAUUUAUUCAAGGUCGCCUUUGCUUUCAUUUAAUCCCGCAUUAUGCAGCAAUAAAGCCUUUUUCUGAUCGACAUUUUUGACUCCUUUUCCCGUCGCAAACAAUUCAAAAGUUCGAAGCCAUCUUUCUCAGCGUGCGGAAAUACCAGCAGUUUCUGAACAGUCAAACGGCUUUAAUCCUUGUGCAUUGCUUAAAUACACACUUGCCAUCUCGAAUAAACUUCUUCAAAUGACCGUCCUGGUCGUCAAAAUGUAGUGUCUUACGGAUUUAACCAAGGAUUGAAUCGGAUUUAACCACCAACACAUGCACCAUUCCUGCUCGUGCAAACAUGUGUAUUCAAUCAUCAUAACAGUCAGAGCGCAUGGUCGAUUAUACAAACAUGGGGGGUGGGGACGGUAGACCUAAAUGUUCACAUAUACUACAACCCCAACCCCUUCCCCCCAAACUCAAUGUUGUAUUUUGGACCCUCAAGUCUUUCUUUUACCUCAGACAACAUUGAUUCGGGAGAUGAGGGGACUUACGGCGUUUAAAAGGAAUGAGAUAAUUAAUGAAUUAAAUGUUUGAUAAAAGCACCCGUUUUAAACAAGUGUUUCAACUACUUUUGUGCCCGAUUGUGGGUCUCAAGGCGUUUCUCAGCUUUAUCAAAAAUGCAUGACCAAGGCUCUAAGUUUUCUGCUUUUUUUGGGAAGACUCCUUUUUUUGGAUAUAGACUUAGCUUUCUUCGCUGUCUUCAUAUUUCCAGCACCUUGUUGAAAAAGGUUGUAAUGGAGGUUACUGUUCCACAUUUUUUGGUUUGAACCGCACGCGUUCUGAUAGGAAACUAAACUUCAGAAAGUAACGCGUCUCUUUUAUAGAAAAUUGGUGAAGGCGGGGUUACUAAGCGUUCUCCCUCAUAAAUAAUAAGGCUAAGGCUGAAAAGGCCAAACGAAGGUAAAAAGGGCCAAACAAAGAUCAAAAGGGCCGAAACCAGGACAAAAGGGACAAAAAGGACUAUGGGACCAAGUUUCGUAAUACUUUCUGUUUCUUCCUUCAUCUUCUAUGUAUCUUUGGGAAAUUCUCUAUGCGGCCCCGCCACACCUAUACAACUGAGACAACCGUACUCUUCCACGGUAUCUCCUGGUCUCUUACUGUCUAAGUAAUGACGAGAAUCUUGACAGAGCAUUAUAUAGCGAGGGCUCUUGUUUUCCAGUCGAAGAGCUUAACAUUGAUCUUUUAAUUCGUCACACUCCUUCUCUUUGUGACGCAAUUGACGUUGUGUGUUUUCCAAUACCACCUGUUUCUCUCUUAACACCAUGACCAAAUUGCGUAAAACUAGAGUGGCUGCCAUCAGUGAACCGUUUCUUGACCGUCUUUUUUCUAAUCUAGAUAGAAUUAUUGUUGUUUAAGAGUUUUAUAGCGUUCUUCCCAGCUUUCACAUUGUUCUUUGCAUUCCUCUUAUUGGUUGGUUUUUGCUAGUUGAUCAUUAAUAAUAAUAAUAAUAAUAGUAAACUUGUGCAACAAAUAAAAAAAUUGAAAUUUGAAAUACCACUUACUAAAGCAAGAUCUAAACUUUUUAAUUAGACACUGUAAUUUGUGAUUACAAUUAAUAAAGAUGACAAUGAUUCCAAUAUUGAGAGCUAUUGCGUGACAAACAACGCGAGACAACCGCGCGUGUGUAUGCGAAAAAACAAAACAAAUACAUGGGUAAAAAGAGUGUCAGAAAGGCCAAAACGAGGCCAAAACAGCCUAAAUCAGGCCAAAAGGGACAAAAGGAGACAAACGGGCCAUUUUUACCCAUGUGUCUGUGUUUUUUUUUUCUUAUGCACACGCGUGGGUGUUUUGCGUUGUUAGUCACGCAAUAGCUCUCAAUAUUGGAAUCAUCGUCAUCUUUAUUAAAUGUAAUCACAAAUGACAGUGCCUAAUUAAAAAGUUUAGAUCUUGCUUUAGUAUCUAAUAAUUCAAAUAUCAGUUUUGUUAUUUGCUGCACAAGUUUACUAUUAAUAUAUAGAUUUAGCCAGGGCUAAAAGCGAAGCCCCUUUUAAUAAAUUAAUAAUUUAAAUCAAACAAUAAAUUUGUAAUCCACAAAUCAGUUAAUUUUAGGGCACACUCAUGUGACUUUCGAGGCAAAGGCUGUGAUUUUAGGGAAAAAUAAUUUGGCAGUCCAAGAGAAAAACAAAUUCUACAUCCAGUUAAUAGUCUUAUAUGUACACUCAAAAAUAGCAAUCAUGUUCGAUCACAUUAGAUUAGGCCUGGGAAACAAAUUCUUUCCAAACAAAAUAACCCAGUCGUACACCACCUUAAUUUUAUAGGAUUAAUUGACAGCUCUCAAACCGCUCUGUUGCAGAGACUAUGGAUAAUUGGACAGCCCCAAAAUAUAGUUUUUCUGAAUCACACUAUAUAAUAGUCUUCGGUGUCAGCCAAUUUACACGUUGCAUUCCUCUAUCUAGAAGGAAGGCAAAAAUAAAAAAUCAGGCCGGAUUUUUUUGAGUUCAACAAGUUUACAUUACUUUUCUACAAGUAAAUCUUGGCGACAAAUCUGAUGGCGCGUAAACCAGCCUUUCAAAUAUACUUUUUUCAUCACGUCUGAGGUAAACAGUUCUAUGACGUGCUGUUUUUUAUCAUAUCGACCCCGGACAGAAUUUUUUUUAAUUUUUUUCCCUAUUUAAACCUUGCAACCUUAUUUCUCGCAAGACAGGUUCGAACAUGGGUGGUAAAAUGCGCAACAUCGCUUUUCAACUUGGUUUGCAGCAAUGUUGCAAAACAAGUUCCACGUUUUUGGUUGCCCGUUUUACUGAAGCUUUAGUCUUGUUUUGUAAAUUUUUCUUUGGUGUUCAAACUUCUGUUUUCAUCCAGAAUUAUGUAGAUUUUGGACGACUUUCUAGGUAUCAUCAUUCGUUUUGUCCAGGUAUGGAGUUUUUUUUGUUACUAAACAUUAAGCACUAGUGUCACUGGAGAAACAAGUGUACUGUCAGCCCCGAAUGUACGAGUUAUAUAGCGGGGCUCGGGGGCAUCGCUCUCUCGGAAAAAAAUUAAAAUUGGACUCUCGGAAACGACAUAUCCUGCAUUCCCUGCCGCAAACGCAAUUAAUUCAUACGCCUAUUUUUGUUGAGCUUUCAGUUCUCAGUCUCGUUAUUCAUAAUUCCCGUGCGCUGUUUUCAAAGCCAUUUCAAAGUCAAGAAAAUUGCAAGCUAUUCCACGCGAAGUCACUCCUCAUCUCCAGCCAAUCAGAGUGUUUUUAACUGUGCGAUUCAGCUUUGAGUAUGCAAUUCUGUUAAUAUUACUUGCACGGCCAUCGUAUUCAAAGCAGUGCUUAAUANGCAAUUCUGUUAAUAUUACUUGCACGGCCAUCGUAUUCAAAGCAGUGCUUAAUAUUUCAGUAACACAAAACCCCUUAGAACGCGCCAAUCGCCCAAAGGUGCCCAGAAAAUUGCAACCCUCCCCUAAAUACGGGCUCAGAAAAUUUUAGCCCUCCCUAAAUGGGCGCCCAAAAAAUCGCAACCCUCCGCCGAAAUUUACCAGUCCUCCCUCCCCAAUAGUUAAUAACCACUCCCUUAUAAAAACCCUCGACUUAGUCGCGGGUUUGCAUAACUGUCGAGAAUUCUCCCAACCCCUCGAGUGUUUAUAUCAGCAUAUGUAAACACAGGAAAAAAGUUUUCUACUGCUUUUAUAAAAUUACUUUUCCGAGAAAAAGCAAAACUCCUUUGUUUGAAGCACUGAUUAAAAGACAAAUUCUUACCAGUCGCGAAGUCUCGUACACGAAGCUUGUACGCGUAAUCAGUUCUUGUUUUGCAAAAAAGAGGCUUUCCAAAAUACUGGUUUUUCUCGCUUAAAAUGUCAGCUCAAGCGAAAAAAAAUUGACAAAGCAUGUUUCUAAAGACUUUCCAAGUUUUAGCCGACGAGGAAAUGGGUAAAUAAUGUAAACCUGUCGAGGUUUUUAACUCAAAACCUUUUUAAAAUUCGUGCUUGCUUGAUUAGCGCCUGCGAAAAGCAAAACAUCUUGACGUCACAACCAUGUUGACAUACUCUCAUGCAAACACGCCCCUCGGCCAAUCAGAGCGCGCGUACUAUCUUAGUUAUUUUUUAAAGCCGCAUAAACUACGCUCGACCUUAGAAAAUCGAAAAAAAAAAACAAACAAACUCAUCAAAGACAAUAAUUGCUCAGCCUUACCAGUCGAGAUGCUGCUCCUAAGGGCGAUCAAGUGAGGCCAGAAUCGCUAGCUUGAGACUUUUUAACCCUCUUACACCUCGAGCAAUAGUCUGCUACACAGGCGUUUCUAGUGUCGUCACGCAACGUUCCUCCCCACAAACGGCUGCUGAACAUCGAACCACAUUCCUUUCCUGCGGUUAACCAAUGAGAAUUUAGCUUCCAUUUUCUGGAAGGUGUUCGCGCCGAGGUGACUCCUCCAAUCACAGCUGUGCUUUUAUCGUUGCUCCAUUUGUGAAUGACAGAACAAUCAAAGUUGUCGCGUGAAAACAAGCCAUUAACUGGAGUAGUGUUGUCGUAGUCUCAUUCAAAAUUUAUGAGAUAAGCAGCAGCAGCAGCAAGCAUGUCGAGCAAAUGUGAUGCAUAACGUAAGUGCGCUUUUAAAGUUUCCGUGUAUAUUUUUGAGAAAUCGCUCAUAGAUAAUUUAUAAGAUUGCUUUAAAUUGAAUCAGUACCCUUGGGAAUUUAAUCCUGACAUGUACAGCAACCCCAGAGCAACACAAUGAGCACAUCCGGCAAAUGAAAUUUAUCAUGCAUAUGCCCCGAGACAUAUGCACGUUGGAGAACCAACUGAUCCUGGUAAGAGUACUUGUAGACCUAUUAAACCUUUUCUUUUUAAUUUGGAACUUUUCUGCAAAUUUUAAUUAAAAGCUUUUUGAUUGAUUUUGUCGAAAAUUGAGAAGCGUGUUCGAAUCAUAGCGCCCUGCGGCUCAUGUAUUGUCAAGUUUCUUUUAGAUGAUUGGUUUCUUCGUCAGACCACAAACACAAAGGGAAAGGAGCGUGGUUCGGUUCUCAGCAGCCCCUUGUGGAGAGGAACGUUGCGUGACGACCACACUAAAAACGGCUAUGUAGCAGACUACUCAAGUAAGGGCAAGUGAGUAAGCUCAGUUUUGAAAACGAUGCUAUCCGAAAUCGGAUUUCCAAUGACUUUGAUAUGCGGUGCAUUUCUUAACCAAAAGCGCAAUAAACAAUCCAGCCAUGAAUUACAGAAGAAUCUUGAUAGCAGCUGCAUUUCAUUUUGUACAUCCAGAAGAAAAAGACAGUUGAAAACAUCACAAGAUGACACAAAACUCUGUUAGCUUCAGCUAUGAGUAAACAAGUCUCCAGAUGCUGCAUAAAUUUUCCGCAUGAACUCUCCUGUCAAAUUUUGACCAGUCAGAGCAUAAAAAUUGGAGGUAGAACGUGACCACCCCAUGACCAUGGUGAGAAAAGUCAAAAGCGAUUGCCUUCCCUGCAUGUAAAAGCCGGUUGAAGUUUCGGGUCCGAGGUCAGUUUGAAAUAAAAAUUUUAAAAGUGCGGCUCAUGAACAUGACUUAUUUCAUAGGCAUUUUGAAAAAAAUGAACUUGAGAAUGCGGUCAUUUGAAAAGUAGCAACUUGUUAGCUGAUAACUGAGCCCGCGAUACGGUUAGGCGAUAAUGGUCAGUGGAUACACUGUUUAGACAGCUGUCAAUUAAUCAAAACAUGGAUGUACAAUAUCAGGUUGCAGGCUCCCAAACUAGCUUGAAAGUGUGAGAUUAAACAUUGGUAUGCAUGUGGUGCGGACGGACGGAAGGUCAGGCCGGUCGGUGUACGGUCAUGUGAAUGCCAAAUUUUCUAUGAUGGAUAGAUUUUCUGAGCUAUGAGGCUCCGCUCAAAAUACAGAAUUGAGCCCGUGAUCAAAUAAAAUAUCAGCGAAAAACUUAAAAAAUAGGAGACCUCAAUGGAAAGAAAAAUGAACCUGCGAUACAGUCAGGUGAUGAUGGUCAGCUGAUUCUCUAGUUUGGCAGCUGUCAAGUAUCCUUCAUUGGAAUGGCGAAUAUUCGAGUUAACUGACUUUCGACCCCCGGGGGGGCGGGGGGCGAAAUGACAGAUUGUGUACCUGAGCUGACCUGAGCCCACGUUACUAGUUUUGUGAUAUGGUCUUCACAUGUCCAAUUUUCGAAGCUGUCAAUUGACCUUAAUUUAGCCUGCACAUAUAACAACUACUGGCAGCCGACUGACAGCCCUGCCCAGCGUAGUUUCAUUCUUAUGUUGAACAGGUAAGUGUCACAUUUUAUAUCAGCUUAUAUGUAGGGGCAAAACGACUUGUCUUUCAUCUGAGCCCGCGAGAUGGUCAUGUGAUCAUUGUCAGCGAAUGUCUCAUUUUGACAGCUGUCAAUGUAAUCAUACUCAUACGGAUGGCUUUCAUAACUAGCACGCUAGUAUCAAGUUAUGCAAGAUCUAGUGUGACAUUUGAAAUCGGCUUACAUGAAAUGUGUGUAUGGGUGGGCGUACGCUACGUCAUAACCAAAUUUUCUCGGAUGGUUAGUUUACUAAAUUUUGUUACCCAUGGUGCUCCGCUAUUAUUAUUGAUGAUCAAGUAACAAAAACCAACCAAUAAGAGGAAUGCUAAGAACAAUGUGAAAACUGGGAAGAACGCUAAAAACGUCUUAAACAACAACUCCAUCCAGAUUAGAAAAAAGACGGUCAAGAAACGGUUUACUGAUGAGAGCCACUCGAGUUUUACGCAAUUUGGUCAUGACAUUAAGAGAAAAACAGAUGGUAUUGGAAAACACACAACGUCAAUUGCGUCCCAAAGAGAAGGAGUGUGACGAAUUAAAAGAUUCAUGUUUAGCUCUUCGACUGGAAAACAAGAGCCCUCGCUAUAUAAUGCUCUGUCAAGAUUCUCGUCAUUACUUAGACAGCAAGAAACCAGAAGACACCGUAGAAAAGUAAAGUUGUCCCAGUUGUAUAGGUGUGGCAGGGCCGUAUAGAGAAUUUCCCAAAGAUAAAUAGACAGAAGAUGAAGCAAGUACGACAAAGUAUUACGAAACUUGGUCCCAUAGUCCUUUUGUCCCUUUUGUCCUGGUUUCGGCCCUUUUGAUCUUUGUUUGGCCCUUUUUACCUUCGUUUGGCCUUUUCAGCCUUAGCCUUAUUAUUUAUGAGGGAGAACGCUUAGUAACCCCGCCUUCACCAAUUUUCUAUAAAAGAGACGCGUUACUUUCUGAAGUUUAGUUUCCUAUCAGAACGCGUGCGGUUCAAACCAAAAAAUGUGGAACAGUAACCUCCAUUACAACCUUUUUCAACAAGGUUCUGGAAAAUAUGAAGACAGCGAAGAAAGCGAAGUCUCUAGCCAAGAAACGGAGUCAUCCCAAGAAAAAACAGAAAACUUAGAGCCUUGGUCACACAUUUUUGGUAAAGCCGAGAAACGCCACGAUACCCAGCUCAACGAAUUGAUCAAUGAGUACGAAGGGAACGGUGAUUCAGAAAAUGUGGCCCACGUGAAAGCCGAGAACGCUCUUCUUCCUGUUUACAACUUAAAGAUUCAGAAGGAUAUGAUUGGUUGGCAUUGACAGAACUAGCGAUCGAUAAGCGAAAAUUCUUACUCAAUCAAUGGUACGAAAAGCAGACCAUUCCACAAGACCAAGACUAGUCCUACCAUGAAUGUUAUAGAAUUUUUUUUCCUGGACCUUUGUAUUGUUGCGUUUCAAUAAAAACUGUAAACAACUAAUCUUUAAGUGUGUUUUAUUGAUGACUUCACAAUCUUUACAUCUUUCUGUCUUUCAAAUCGCUGUGUAUUUGACUCUUUUUGUUAUUGGUUUUUAAUAAAGUUUUUAAAACGGUAUCCCUCGUCUGGUUUUAGUGCUAGCAAUUAUAACUCGGGUGUUUCAAUUGAUCUUUGUUAGGUUAUUUAUUGUUUUUAUAAUAAUAUGUCAAGCUGCUCCCUUGGGUAUUUCCAGUAGAGCUAAUUUGCAUGCAACUGUGGGCUUGUGAACUCGCAUAAUUACAUAACGGUGCGUGAAACGCUGAGUCGUAAAUAGUUUUUCAUUUCUUUUAGAUAGAUAGGAGGAAACAAUUUUGUAAUAGUCAGACAAAAUUGAAAUAGAGAGUUUUCAGCUCCACUUUGUGUAUAUGUGUCUGUGUUUUGUUUAUAUAUAUCCGAUUUUUAGCGCUAAAUAGAAGACACAAGCCAUUUCUCGCGUUGCUAGGUGAUCGCCCUCUUAACUACUAUUUUCCUUUUAAUAGACGUUCCGGGAAACCGGACUAAAGUUACUUACUGGCCAGGGCAAGUCUAGGCAAGCCUAUUGUGCCUAUUGAAAAGCCCCUUUGGGGAGGUAACAAUAAAGUAUGUAUGUAUUGUAGUAGAGAGACGCUCAUUAGUAAACCUAUACCGAAUUAGUAUACAGGAAGACAGUUAUUAGUUUGGAGGAACGCAUUUUUACCUAGCUAGCUAGACACUGACUAAGAACAUAAUUAGUAUGCAGGAAGGCAGUGACUAGGCUCCAAACAGGCGUAAAAACAAUUUAGUAGACUACCUUAGUGUAAAGCUUUUAAUUCUGACUAAGAAAAAAAUCCUACUAUUUUUCGAGAUAAUCGAAGUAUCGACUUGGCGACAUCCGGGUAUGAUCAACUUAUAAUUUCGGUUAUCAAGGCCAAGACUACUACGAGAAGCCUCCUUUUUUAUUCUGUUUAGCAAAACGCGCGACAGCAUGAAAUGACCUUGCGUGUAAGUGAGGGAGCGAAACAGAAGGGCGAGAAAAUUACCCUUCAUGGUAAGGUGAUUUUUUAUGGUGUAAAAGUUGAAGUGUAAUUAACGGUUUUAAGCUGAAUUAGUCUUUUGACUUUCUUUUAUUUUAACCUGAUGCUCACAACCGCGGGAGAUGUCUAUUGAGUAAAUUCGGUUUUCCUGCCAGAAACUUAUGUGUCCAGCCGCGUGAGCGUCGUAGGUACAAGCUAACAUUCUUUAAGCUGCAAUAAUGUCACUUCUUUAUAAAAGAGCUUCCAUACAGUCACUUUUUUCUUAGUUGAGGAAGCGAGGUACAUGUGACAAAAAUGAUUUUCGAUUGUUGAAAGUUUGGUCAGUCAUAUUUUUCCCUUUUGAGGGAAACGCAUAAUUCAUCGUUAGCUUUUAUUUCAGUUUGGACAGCACCCAAAGCAACAGCGUUCUAUCGCAGUUCUGAGCAAUAUUUGGAGUGUAAACAUAGUGUAUUGUGCUACUAAUCGAUGUGACUACUAAACGCUAAGAUUUGUGUAGAUUCACUUUCUGUUUGAUCUCCGUCGAUGUUGUGAUAACAUCGAAAUAGAGCAGGCUUUUCCUAGCGGGGAAAAAAGUCCCAGACUAAUUUUGAGGUUCAAAAAACAAGACCAUUGUAAAAACCUUAAUAGCGGACAAUUUCGACCCCAGAGCUCUUCCGCGCAUGACGUCCAGGGCGGGAAGAGAUCUGAGGAAUCCUGAAGCAAGACGGUCUCUGAUUGGUUUCAAUAAAAAACAAUUAAUUAUGAAAGUGUUUCUGAUUGGUUCAUUCAAGUUUGUGGGAGAGCGGGUGAACUUGCGACGUGUUUAACUCAUGAGCGGGUUUUCCCUGGAAAUGUUGAAGUAAACAUGCCCGGCCGAUUCUCUAUUUCAGCGAUUCCAAAACAACAUCUGCGCUACUAUUUUUUUGGCAGAAUAACUAGAUUUCUCAAUUUUCAAGUAAAAUACAAUAGCAACAUAUCGAAAAUUGACCAACAAAAAAAAUUAAAUGUUAAAAAUAAAAUGAAAAACAACGGCACAUUACGAGUAUGAAUGAAAACAUUAGCUUCACCUGGUAAAUUUUCCAAAACAAACUUGCAAGUAAAAGGUAAAUAGAAUUUCAAAGUAUAUCGAUGAUGAGUGUCAGAAGCAUAUAUGUCUUUGUGCGUGUACAAUGCGACUAGCAUAGACCUGCGUAUUUAUAGUUGUCUUUGUUUACCACGAUAUCACACUUCAAAGUAGCGUUAUUGAAAUAAAAGGACGCUAAAUUCAUAAUUUGGAAAAUUUUAUCAGAAUAACCAUACGUUUACCUUCACCAGCCAUUCGGGUCUCACUUAUUGCCUCGUGAAGUAUUCCACGCAAACUUAAUCAACUGUCGAGCAUAUGCAAAUUUCAUAUGUAAGUCUCAAAUCUAUGAACGUUAAGCGAUGCUUUCUCAGCAGUUACCACAAGCGCCUUAAGGUGUUUUGAUACAAUUUUUCGGGGGCUAUACCCAUAUUUUUCAAUCGCCUUAAAAGUGUUUUUUUCCUCGUCCGAUGGCUAUAAAAUGUUCACCAGUAAUUGGCUAUGGAUUGAAAUUUGUGAAAAUGUAGUUUUAAGUAAAAUCGAUAUUACUAUGACAACAAUAAACAAAAAACUUUGAAAUUGAUAAACGCCGAAUUUUGGGUGAUCUAGACCAGCUACUGAAAAUCCAACACCAAGAACUUAAAGGUUGGUGUUUAGCAAACAAUCUCCGUAAUAAGUAAAAAAAUUCUGUAUGUUUGGAUUCGACUAAAACGAAAAUAUAUUUCAAACUUUAAAUUUUCAGUAGCCGUGAUAGACGAUUCAUAAAAAACGUUAUAAAUGACUCAAAUUGUCCUUAAGUAACGUCAGAAUGCUGCUUAAAAUCAUAUUUUGACGCUAGGAAAUUUUGGUGUAUUUUCGUUCUUGCCGGUAAUCUUGAAAACUAACCCUUUUUCUCAGCACCUGUCUAAGUGCAACUUUUUCGAAGGCAAGACGUAAUGACUCGGUUGCCCAUGUUCCUUGUAAAAUAUGUUAUAACACAACGGAUGUCUCCAAAAAUCAGUCACUCAUUUUAUAGCGAAAAGCGUAAUUUUUCUCGCCAGUAAGACAAGCAUUGCUUAUUUCAAUUUAUAGAGAAGCCAAAGAUUAGGAUUCCGUUGUCAGUAGUACGCAGUGUACCAGAGCAUUAUACCUGGUUCCUGCUGGAAGGCACUCCACCCAUUGAAGCUUGGUUAGCCAACUCAUCUACACCUUUGGAGGGUGGGCCGGUGGUGAAAGGACUUCAAUUCGUUCAGACGGGAAACUAUACAAUUCUGGCAAAAAGUGACGCAGGAAAUAGCUCCAAAACGGUUGGCGUUAACGUUAUGGGUAAGGUUUUGUCUCAAUGUUAACAUGAUAAUAUGUCGAACCAUCUUUCAAUACCAAACUGUGAUAACUGUGAUAUUUUUUGCUCAUAUUCAGCGUCUUUCCCGAUGAAACGAGUCAACCGUGUUGCUUUUGAACGCACUGAUGGUGUAUUUUUACAAUAUAUAAUAGUAGUUGUUACGUUUACAGCGUAACUUUAUGAACACAUUUGGUUUAGAACUCUACCCUUGCAGUUGUCUCAUCCGCUUUUCACCUGUCAUCUCUUACCUGAGAAAAGAUGCAUUGAUUUCGCAGAUUGCAGGCAUUUAUGUCAAAGCAAGGGUCUUUUCAAUGGUCCUGGGCAAGUAACCAACCAUCAUGACUGCAGUGGAGGCAAUGUUACAUAUCUUUGGAAGUGUAUACCAACAACAACUACUAAUUUGUAAGUGAAUUUUCUGGCUCAAGGACUCUUUAACUGCUGAUUUUAAUAAAAAUGCACAGUCGCAGUGAAUCAUGCAUGAAACAAAUAAAAACGUUUCAAAGUAGACGCCCUGUAUUCUCAUUGCGGACCAUUUACAGCUUCGCGAGAUUUUUGCGAUAACGUAUUUCUAGUUUAAAAAAUAAAAUAAACGCCCAUCAUUCCACAUCUGGAGAAUCUGAAUAAUCAUGGUUCUCAGCUAUGGAAACCCGUCGUCUGACAAUUAUGCCACCAAAGGAUAACCAUGAUCAAGACAGAAUGAGCUAAGAGAGCGAAUCCAUGUGCCCCAUGAUAAUUUUUAAAUCUAUUUAAAGUUCGCGCGCGUGCUGAGAAGGUUAUUUUUGUCUCUUGUUUCCGUGACCUGGGAGGUCUACUUUCACGUGAGCGUGACAUGUUUCGCCGCCAAACAUUUGAAGUUUGACAGCCAUUAGUAAUUAGCGCCAGGAGCCGAUACUAAUCGGCUCCUGUUGUUGACAUGAGCGUUUAAACUACAUUACUUCUUCUUAACGUCUAAUACUUAAGAUAAAUAUUUCGCUGUGCAAACACAAAUCAGGUCAGAUACUUCAAGCUGUUAAACAUUUGCUAACCUGGAUGCCAGAGAGUUUUGAUGCGCGGUUUCUGGUUUCAGUCAAUUCCUUAUAGUGAGCGGUGUGCCCACAGUUGUCUAGCGUCCUCACAAAAUUCAAAUGUUUGGCGGCCAAACAUUCAUGUUUGAACCCACUUUGAAUCUAUUUUCUCGUUACGUGUCCACGGUUGGAUCCAAAAUGACGGUAUUACAGUUGGCGGGUGUGCGUAGGAUGUUGGUUGUUUCUAUAUUGAUGUAGCGAAGACCUCAAUAAGCAGUUUUGCUCUUUGUCAGCUACUCUGGCCAGAUUAUUCCACGUAUAAAUCUUUUGACUCGUCGACGAAAGUAAUAACAAGUUUGGACAUCAUAUCGCUUGCUGUGCGUGAUCGGCAGUGAAAUGAAUUACCAGUCAAGUUUAAAAUUACAUGACGCCUCUCUAACCGACCAAUAUGGUGGCGCCCUUAAAAUAACCACGCAGUAUGACACAGAGCCAAGAAUAGAUUGAAAAUAAUUUUCAUGGGAAGAGGGUCAUGUAUGGGGGAUUCGCUCUCUUAGAUCAUUCUCUUUUGCCAUGAUCAACAAUAAAGAUAUGACAAUGAGGUUGAUCAUGUUUAAUCUGGUUGUAGCUAAGGGCAGUAGAAACCAAUGCACUACUUCCUUAACAGAAUAAAGUGUUCUCCAAAAAACAGAACACACACGAAAGAAGGUCGAAGCACAAAACAUACUAUAUUACAGUAGGCAUUCGGAGGUGAGACCUCUGACCUGAAACUACGAAGCCGUGCUUUUGGUAGGCAAGUUUCCACACCUAUUCUCUUUAAGGUUUUUAGUCUAUCCAAGUUUAUUGAAGUCUCGAAUUAGCCAUCCAAUCUAAAUGAUAGAAUAUCUGCCAGAAAUUCCUUUCAAUUUGACACAAGGGUUGAGCCUGUGUAUGGGUACCUUGGGUAACAGGUUUUUCAGGCGAAAUUGUCGCAUAUCCAGAAUUGCUUAACAUUGUAGCGCUACUAUAAAGCUCAAGGCAACCACAACAACGACAAAAUUGAGAAAAUAAACAAAACAAAAAUUCUGAACGCGCAGCACAAUGUUUGGCAGGCUUCUUUGUAGUUAUUGAAAGACUAACGUUGUCAAAAGAGAUUGAAAUGGUGAUGCGAUAGUUGCAUCUCUAAGAUGUCGCGACUUCGAUUUCGUCGGCAAUGUCCAUGCAGAGGCUUAGGUUUCCAUUCAAACAUCACCGCCAAUUUUAACAGCGUAGGUGAAAAAAGCGUCAUUUUAAAUAGUUUAGGAUUUGGUGGAACCUGGUACAUUUACAUUAUGAGAUCGAGUCAGUUAGAUAGCCUUAAUUCCUCAAUAAGGAUACAAAGCAUGAAUCUCGACUUAAUGUUCAAUUUAUUCUACAAAACAUCACUGCGUUGCCAUUGGCUAUUAAUCUUUUGCUAGUUAGUAAAGAAUUGUUUAUCCACCAUGGUUGCCAAUAUACCACGGUGAAGAGCUGAUGGUCAUACCCACCGGUCACAGCCAUCGGAACAACUACGCCAACUUUGGUCGAACGUGGUUGACGAUGCAAAACCAUGAUAACAUGUACAACCAGUUACCGUUGUACUAUUUUAUGACAAACGGAAAGACUUUAUUGCUUUUUCGUUUGGUCAGCUUGUUGCUAUACUAAAAUUUUGUACCGUAAGGCUUGUACCGUCCCCGCAGGCCUCACGGCCUUUUUCAAGUCCAUAGAACACCUUCAUACCGCGAGUUGUUUUGUACAGGUUGACAUAUUUUGAUUUUAUUUGAUUUAAUUUGAAUUUGAAUUUUAAAGGACGCACAGUUUGAUUGUUAAAAUAAAUCCUUUUUUUGUUUCAAAACUUAAGAGAAGGAAACAUGUACACAUUAAUGUAGGUUACGAAUUUUAAUUUGCCGUAGGAAAUUGUCAAACAGCAUAAUCGAGGAAAUCCCGCGAGGAAUUUUCGCAGACCUCUCUUCAUUGCAGAUUUUGUAA